CGCCCCUUGGAUCCCGUUGGUGGGGCUGGGAGGGCGUGAUAGCUGCACUGCGCGGGACAAAUCGCCGGCGGCGCCCGACGGAGCAGAGGCAGUAGCAUGGAGCUGGAGAAGAUCGCCAGUGCAGCCCUCCUGGCCUUUGUCCAGAUGCACCUCCCAGAGGCUGACCUCAGUGGCUUGGAUGAUGUUAUCUUCUCCUAUGUUCUCGGGGUCCUGGAGGACCUGGGCCCCUCAGGCCCAUCAGAGGAGAACUUCGAUAUGGAGGCCUUCACAGAGAUGAUGGAGGCCUAUGUACCUGGCUUUGCCUACAUUCCCAGGAGCACAAUAGGGGACAUGAUGCAGAAGCUCGCAGGGCAGCUGAGUGAUGCCAGGAACAAAGAGAACCUGCAGCCACAGAGCUUGGAGGUCCACGGUCAGGGGACCACCCUGCCAGAUCCUCUGCAGAGGCCUGAACAGCUCAAAGAAGAGACCAAGUCUCUUUCCACCGCUUCUGGGGACUCCCAAGCCAAGGAGGCAGGCGCUGAGGAGGAGCUGCUGCCAGGGCUGGACAUGCUCCUGGAAGUGUUCCCCACCUGUUCGGUGGGGCAAGCCCAGUGGGCGCUGGCCAAGGCCCAGGGAGACUUGGAAGAGGCUGUGCAGAUGUUGGUAGAAGGGAAGGAUGCCCCCAAUCAGGACCUGCCCAGGCGCCUCCGAGGCCCCCAGAAGGAUGACCUGAAGUCCUUCAUCCUGCAGAAGUACAUGAUGGUGGACAGCGCAGAGGAUCAGAAGAUUCACCGGCCCAUGGCUCCCAAGGAGGCCCCCAAGAAGCUGAUCCGCUACAUUGACAACCAGGUCGUCAGCACCAAGGGAGAGCGAUUCAAAGAUGUGAGGAACCCUGAGACAGAGGAGAUGAAGGCCACCUACAUCAAUCUCAAGCCGGCCAGAAAGUACCGCUUCCACUGAGCCCCUCAGGCUCAGACCCCUGGGGGAAUGCAGGCGCCCUCUACCCACCACAGGGACCCCUCCCCUACUUCUUUGUCCCACAAUGUUAAUGUCCUCACAGAGCAGCCCACCCACGGGCACAGUAAAGGUAACUGAGGAAAA